UUUUGAAAUAAUGUCUCCACCUUCGCUUAGUCGCACUCACCCAGCACCGCACGGCGGCAGCUGCAUGCGAGCAUCUUCUGAUUUGCAAGUAGAAAAGUAAAGAUAUAUAUAUAUUUGCACCGCCAAUGUGUCGAGAACUUCAACGAUCCGAUGAAGUUUUCUUCACCUUCAGUAUUUUGUUCCGCAAUUAUUCCUCCCCCUUUCUCUCUACUCGGGUGAUCCCUACUUCUGUUAGCGCCACCGCUUCUUUGGCAGCAUAACCUUUCUAUCGAUGUGUGGAUUCAUCUAACCUCUUUUUCCGUGGUUCGACUCAUUUCUGAUUACUGCCUACUAUGGAGACUCCGGAAACCGGAUGACCACUGCUUGAUCUACGGUUGCUGAUUGUUGAAGAGAUGGACGGAGGCGGCGGUGCGGUUGUGGGUAGUGGGGGGCCUCCGCCGUUUCUUAGCAAGACGUAUGAUAUGGUGGAUGAUCCGGCAACGGACUCGAUCGUCUCUUGGGGACCGGGGAACAAUACCUUCGUCGUCUGGAACCCGCCGGAGUUUGCACGUGAUCUCCUUCCCAAGUACUUCAAGCACAACAACUUCUCCAGUUUCGUUCGACAACUAAAUACUUAUGGAUUCAGAAAAAUUGAUCCAGAUCGCUGGGAAUUCGCAAAUGAGGGAUUCUUAAGAGAUCAGAAACAUCUUUUAAAAAACAUAAACCGGAAAAAAUCCUCCCAUGCACAUACUCAACCACCGUCCCUUCCCCAGAAUCCUUCAGUCACAUCAUGUGUUGAGGUUGGCAAGUUUGGUCUAGAUGAAGAGAUUGAGAGGCUCAAACGGGAUAAAAAUGUUCUCAUGCAGGAACUCGUAAGGCUGAGGCAGCAACAGCAGACUACAGACCAUCAGCUUCAAGCCCUAAACAAGCGUAUUCAUGGAAUGGAACAGCGCCAGCAACAAAUGAUGUCAUUCUUGGCCAAGGCCAUAAACAGCCCCGAAUUCUUAGCUCAGCUGGUGCAGCAGAACAAUGCCAAUAACCAACUAAUUUCUGGUGGCAACAAGAAGAGAAGGUUACCUAAUCAAGGUGAGUUGGAGGCAGAAAGCACCUCACCCGAUACACAAAUGGUUAAGUAUCAGCCCUUGUUGACAGAGGCUGCCAAGUUAAUGCUCACGCAAGCAAUAAACUCAGAAUCAUCUCCUAGUAUGGAUUCUUUUAGCAAACCUGAUAACAUCAUUCAACAUGGAAAUCUUCAUUUAUCAUCUGAUACUUUAGACAGCAGCCGGAGUUCUUCAAGUAGGAGUUCUGGAGUCACCUUUCAAGAAAAUUCAAGAGGUUUCUCAGCAGUUUCUUCUUCGUCUCCUUUAUCUGAAAUACAAUCUCCCUCGGUUGUUACAGAUCCAGGUAACAACAUACUACCCAUUUUUCCAGAGGAAAUUCCCCAUACGGAUAUUGGUUUUCUGAGUAUGAGCCAUGCAGCCUCCGAAGCAGAAAAUGCUCUUGCUCAGUCUAUUGCUGGAGUUGAUGGAAUGACUGCUCUAGAGUUGGAGAAGUUUGCAGGCGAUGCGAGCAUCCGUAUCUUUAGUGAAGGCGACGGCACAAUACUUCCCGGUAUUGUCGACUCUUUUUGGGAACAAUUCCUUUCAGCAAGCCCGAUUUCUGGUGACACCGACGAAGUUAAUUCUGGCUUUCCUGACGCUACAGAGACAACGAAACUGCUUGGACAAGGGUGGGAUGGGGUUCAUAACAUGGACAACCUCACAGAGCAGAUGGGUCUUCUUACUUCAAAAUCUGAAGUUUUAUAACUGCCCAUUAACUUGAAAUUAUAGUUGCAGGUGAUCUAGAGAUGUAUUAUGUCACUCUAAACUAUGUCUAUGGAUUUAUGGAGAUUGUUCUGCCAUAUUUUCUACUUUCGGAUGGGGCGUUUUUUGGUAUGGCCCCGCAUGGUGGUAUUUAUAUUGC